CCCAACCCAUACCACGACGAAGACUAUCAACGGGACAGCCUGAGUUAUCCAGCAUGCAGUUUUGGGUUGGCUGGGCCCUAUGGCAGAAACUGAGCACUGUGCUUGCAUUUCUCAUCACUCUCGUGCUCAUCUAUUCCUUCUCCAUCCUCUUAUACAACAGACGAAUGACAAGAAAACAUGCAGCGGCAGAAGCAUACCAAAAAGAAGAACAGGAUGCCGAGUUACGCCCUAUGCUGACUGUAGGAAGCGACAUUCCAUUUGGCGCCAGAGCUCUUGAGAGAGGAGUUCAAGUCGAAGGGAUUUGGAUCUCCUCGGACAACAACACGCCGCUUCCUACCCCCCAGAAACCUGGUACCCCAAUUGGAACCCGACCAUCGAGUUCGAGUGUCUCGACACGAUUAGAUUCAGUUCCUGAAAAUGUCCCGAGAGCACAGUCAAAGACCAGUCUGGCAUACCCGGUGGCGUCUCACAUCAACAGACCAGAUCCUCGAUGUACCUCGAGAGCUAGGGAUGACAACGUAGCCAGCGACAGUAAAAGCUCAAGCUUCUAUUCUGAAUCAGUCGUUGAAAGUCAACACGCCCAUCCCGCCCCAUUGAAGAACGACGAGCCAUAUACUCCAAACGAGGGGGAUGUGCCACAAUCGAAAAACAAGUCCAGCGUUCGCAGCUCAUGGAUAGGCAAAUCCCCAGACAAGUACAAGCGAAGAUCGAUCAUCGGUGGUAAGAAGCCAGAGGGUUUUACCAUGUUAGGUGAAAAGAAACUGAUCAUUAAUCCCCCAGGAAAUCAUGCUCGGCGAUCAUCUGAGGAAUUCAGGCGUCGUAUCAGCCGGUUAAUCGACGAGAACAUUCAAACGCGCCCAAGCGAGACGUUUCAACUGAAUCCGUUCCGACGUGCUGCCGAGGAAAGCCAUAAACGAAAAUCAAAGCUAGGAGCGUCUCAGCCAUGAAGCCUUCAAUGUUCAGAAUUGAUCACAAGCGCAUCUCUCGCGACUUCAUGGUGAAGUCAGCAACACCCAGUUGUUAACGGGUUUGAUGUGCCAUUCUAAAAGUGUGAGCGCACAUCUGAAACUGACUGGGACAUGGGGCGAAAGUUCAAUCAUUUUAUGUUUCAUGCCUAGGUCCCACUGGACUCUUUGAUCUUGUUGGAUAUCACUGGACUCUGUAACUUGACUUUGUUUUGCAACAGUAUACCUUAUGGAAACUGCAACUCUUCUUUGGUAUGGCCAACAUUGUUAUUGAAGCACCGAGACUAAUAGCGGCAUAUCUGAUAGAUGAAAUUGGUUUAAUAUUAUCAAGUAAGCAUGAAAUUAGACAGUCCUUCAACCUGGAACCGGG